CUUUCUUGGUGCCUAGUCAUCUUGGUUAUAACAACAAUAUUCUCGAAACUGUACUUAGAACAAAAAUAAAAAAAGUACAUAGCGCACAACAACGUCAAACAGAUCCAGUGUUUUUGUAUAUGCUUGACAUAUUAUUAUAAUUUUUCAAGCUCAUCAAUCAAAAAAAGAAAUAAAAAUAUCUACAACAUGACUUCAUCGCCAAUAUUAAAUCCAGAAAUUCCAUUUGUGGGUGCGGUUGAAGGAGGUUUAUCACCAGGUAAACUGGUAAAUGUUAGAGGAAAAGUACCUGAAAAUGCUGUUCGUUUUGCAAUAAAUUAUCAACUAGGACCAAAUAUAAAUCCUCGUGAUGAUAUUGCAAUUCAUUUAUCACCACGUUUUACUGAUGGUAUUAUAACACGUAAUCAUAUUAAUUCAAUGUCAUGGGGACCUGAAGAAAAUAGUGGAGCAUUAUGGAUUCAACCAGGUCAAGCAUUUGAAAUAAUUAUUCUUUGUGAACCAUUGCAAUAUAGAAUUGCAAUAAAUGGUCGUCAUUAUACUGAAUUUGCUCAUCGUUUACCAUAUCAACGUGUUACACAUCUUGUUAUUGAUGGUGAUGUUGAAAUAAUAUCUGUAUUUUAUGAAAAUAUUAAUAGCUCACCAUCACAAGCAAUGCCUCCAAAUAUUCCUGCAGCAAAUUUUGGACCUCCAACUGCUGGUGGUAUUUAUCCAACUCUUGGACCUCAAGUUCCAUCAAUGCCACAAGGUGGUAAUAAUUAUUAUCCAAAUCCUCCAAAUACUCCAAGUACAUAUGCUGGUGGUUAUAAUCCACAACCAGAAGAAGAAAGUCCAUUUAGUGGAUGUCUUGAUAAAGUUGGAUUAGCUGUUGGAGGAUUGAUUGCAGCUGGUGGUGUUGCUGCAGCAAUGAAUGCUAUAAAUAAAAAAAAAGAUACUGAGGAUAGUCAUGAAAAAACAGAUUCAUCAAAUUUACAAAAUGAAAGUUCAGGACUUGGUGGUCUUGGUGCACUUGGUGCAGCACUUGCUAGUAGUCUUGCAACAAAUGCAUUAAAAGGUGAUUCACAUGGCUCACAAGGUUAUCCUUCACAAGACUCAGGUGCUGGUGGAAUGUUGGGAUCAAUACUUAAUUCACUUGGUGGAUCUGAUAAUUCAUCAAACAGACAUUCAUCAAAUGAUCUUGGUGGUCUUGGUGGUUUAGGAUCAUUACUCGGUGGUGUUUUAAAUAAAGGAGGUAAUCAACAACCAAGUUAUGAACCAAGUGGUGGUUAUUCUAGACCAUCACAAAGUGAUAAUACAACAUCUGAUUUAAUAAAUUCUAUUGGUGGUUCAUUGUUUUCUUCUGCUCUUGAUAGCCUUACUAAACACAAAUCUCAUGGAAAUGAUGAUAAAUCUUCAUCAUAUCCACAAAAACCACCUCAGUAUGAAGAUAAUUAUGGAGCAAGGUAUGAUAUUCCUCCACCAUACCAACCAGUACCAACACCACCAUCACCAAGUGAUAAUAAAUUAUCUGCUGAUGAAAUAUCAAAGGGUCUUGGUCUUGGUGAUGAAUAAAUUAUUUACUUAUUUUGAUUAUUUAUUGUGGUUUAGUUCAAAAAUGAAUAUUAAUUUAAGAAAAACAAAAAAAGCUUAUACAUAAAAAUUUUAAUUCAGAUAUUAUUGCAAAGCUUAAUCAAUAACUAUGGAGGAAACUAAAAUCUCAUAUUUAUAUAUUUUUUUGUUAUUCAUAAAAGACUCUAUGGAUUUGUUGAAAAAUAUAUAAAGUCUAUAAAAUUAUUUCUUUUAUUAAACAUAGCGUGCUGUUUAUGAAAAAAAAAAAAAAAUUCAAUUAAUCAUAUUAUAUAAUCACAUCUUGAUAAUAAAAGGGCCUAACCGGAAUUUUUGUUUUAUUUAAUACUAAAAAGUUUUUUUUUUUUUGUUUUUUCGAAUUAUUUAUUUAAAUUUUAAUAUAAAAAAAAUAUUGUUAACAACGAUACGGUCUCUCUAAUAACAAUAUAAUUCUUGUUGUUUACGACAUAUAAUUACAUGAGUAAUAAAUGUUUUUUUUUUCUUGCUGGAUGAUCACUUAAAAUUGUUUGACACAAUGAAAAAAGAAAAAAAAAAUGCUAUGUAUCAUUAUCAAUAAUUACUUCUCGGCUUUGAUUGUUAAGUAUAAUAAUUAUUGUGUUAUAAUUAAAAAAAAAAACGUGUCUUAUAACACCAGAAAAUUGAAUUUAAAAAAAUUAAAAGAUAAAAUAAAUUGAAAGUCAUAUAAUAUAAAUCUUUUGCACAAAUUAUAAGUAUAAAUUUUUGCUUUAAAAAUUCCAUAUAUAUGUACUAGAUAUUAAUAAAAUAGUUUUUAAAAAAAUUAUGGGUUUUUACUAAUUUAUUUAAUUGCUUGAAUAUUAUAAAUAUUUUGUUUAUCUAAACAGCAUAUAUUAAUUGAUAUAAAAAUUAAUUCAGAUCGUUUAAAGACACGACAAUUGAACUUGAUAAAUUCCAAGAUCAUUUGGAUAAAUUAUUUACAACCUCGACAUGAUAAAAAGUAAAAAAAAAAAAAUGAUAUACUAAAUACUCAAUGUUGUUUAGAACAUUAAAAUUCUGAAGAUACAAAAUUGUCCUUCGUGUAAGCAUUACAGAGUAUGUAUCACAGCCUCGGUACUAAAAAUAAAAAGACAUGCAAUACAACGACUCAAGGUGUUGACAGUUUCAUUGUGAACAGCGUAAAACAUCAACGUAAAAAAAAGUGUCGAGUAAGUUUGAAUGACUUAAUUCAAAUUACAUUAAAUGAUUUGUUUUUCAAUAAUUUUAUCAUUUUAAAAAUUAUUUUAUAACAUAUUUUUUGUGCUUUUAUUGUUUAGCUGAAAAAGUAGUAAAAAUAUUUUUUAUACAAUGCAAUUAAUGGUUGGAAUAUACUAUUAAUUUAUCAAUUUUUUAAUUGAAAAUUAAGUCUGCAAUUUUUUUUUUUUUAAUGCAUCGUUUAAGUAAAUUGCUUUUAUGAACAUUUAUAUAAUUUUUUUUAUUAUUCAUUGAACAACAAAAAAAAAUUAAUACAUGUAAAAUACACAAAUUAAAUAGUUUAAAAAAAAUAUAUUUUUAUUUUUAAAAGUAUUUAGUUAAUUUUAUUUCAACUCGAUUUAAAAGAAAUCAUUGAGAAUGGGGUAAUCUGACCUGAAUUAUUCCAAAAAAGGAAAAAAAAAUUUCGUUAUUUUUACUGAGAAAAUUAACUACUACUAGAUUAAAUUACUUUUAUACAAAAAUUUUAAUAUUCAAGUAUCAAAAAUAAAUUCAUAAAAUAUUACAGGACUAGAAUAAUAGUUUCGAGUUAUUUAUUUUCAUCAUAAAUAUACAACAACCAUUGUAAAAUUAUGUAAAACAUAAUGUAUAUGAAAUCACUGCUAAAAACACAA